AUGUAUGAGCGGCACAGGAGACGCUACAGCUUGUGUGACUUCUCCAAGGUGGACAGGACCGUGGAUGUGGUGUUGCUGAAGAUAAACCGAGAAAGCUGGUGUGCAAUAAAGCCGUGCCCUGAUACAGCAUCUCUCUUGGCCCCCGCACAGAGCCCAGACUGUGAGAACUUCCUGGAUGUUGGACUGGGCAGAGAAUGUGCCUCAAAACAAGGUGUCCUCAAAAGAGAGUCCGGCAGUGACUCUGACCUCUUUCACUCACCCAGCGAAGAAGUGGACAGCAUUGUCUUCCCCAAGCCCGAGGAAGAGCCGCUGGUCUGUGAUAUCACCGGAUCCAGUUCCUCCACUGACGACACCGCUUCCUUGGAUCGACAUUCUUCUCACGGCAGUGAUGUUUCCCUCCCCCAGAUUUCAAAUUUGAACAGGUCCAGAGAUCAGCAGUGUCUUGACAGCUUCUACAGCCAUGGUGUGGGAGCUGAGGGCCGAGAGAGCGAGGGUGAAGCUGCCGGCUCAGGUGAGAUGGAGGAGGAGGAGAUGGACAGCAUCACCGAGGUGCCCUCGAACUGCUCCGUGCUGAGGAGCUCUAUGCGCUCCCUGUCCCCUUUCCGGAGGCACAGCUGGGGUCCUGGGAAGAACGCGGCCAGUGAUGCCGAAAUGAACCAGCGCAGUUUCAGCCUAGAAGGCUUGGCAGGAGGAGUUGGUGCCAGAAACGAGCCAUCUUCGUCUCUAGGUGUAGACUCCAUAAACACCAAAGAGCUCAGGCACCCUUUCAGUGUGGAAGAAAGGGGUGACUCUUUGGUGUCACUUUCAGAGGAGGAUCUGGAAUCAGGCCAGAGAGAACAUAGGAUGCUUGAUCAGCAGGCAUGUCACAGAUCUAAACAACAGGGAUUCAAUUACUGUACAUCAGCCAUUUCUUCUCCGCUAACAAAAUCCAUCUCAUUAAUGACAAUCAGCCAUCCUGGGUUGGACCAUUCACGGCCGUUCCUCGGUACCAGUGCCAACCUGACCGAGAGCAUAACAGAAGAGACCUAUAGUUUCCUGCCACAAAGCCCCUCCAAGAAAGAUUUUGAAGGGAAGAGUGGAACAAAAGUCAGUCGUACAUUCAGCUACAUCAAGAAUAAAAUGUCCAGCAGCAAGAAGAGCAGAGAAAAGGAAAAAGAGAAAGAGAAAGUCAAAGAGAAGGAGAAAGAGUCGAAGGAGAAGGACAAGAAGAUGGUCAACGGGCACACUUUCAGUCCCAUCCCUGUUGUCGGCCCGAUCAGCUGUAGCCAGUGCGUGAAGCCCUUCGCCAGCAAGGACGCCUACACUUGUGCAGGUUGCAGUGCUUUUGUCCACAAAGGCUGUAGAGAAAGUCUGGCCUCCUGUGCAAAGGUCAAAAUGAAGCCCAGAGGGAGCCUUCAGGCACAGGACACAUCUUCGCUGCCCACAGUCAUCAUGAGGAGCAAGCCCUCACAGCCCAAGGAGCGUCCUCGAUCUGCAGUCCUCCUGGCGGAUGAAGCUACUGCCAUUCCCAUGUUUGCCAACAGACGGUCCCAGCAGAGUGUCUCACUCUCCAAAAGCGUCUCCAUACAGAACAUUGCUGGAGUUGGCAAUGACGAGAACAUAUCAAACACCUGGAAAUUCCUGUCUCAUUCAACAGACUCACUAAAUAAAAUCAGCAAGGUCAAUGAGUCAACAGAGUCACUAACUGAUGAGGGAGUAGGUACAGACAUGAAUGAAGGACAGCUAUUGGGGGACUUCGAGAUGGAAUCCAAACAACUAGAAGCCGAGUCCUGGAGUCGCCUAGUGGACAGCAAGUUUCUGAAACAGCAAAAGAAAGAUGUGGUCAAACGGCAAGAAGUGAUUUAUGAGUUGAUGCAGACAGAGUUGCACCACAUCCGGACGCUGAAGAUCAUGAGCGACGUGUACAGCCGGGGGAUGAUGACGGAGCUGCUCUUUGAGCAGCAGACGGUGGAGAAGCUCUUCCCCUGUUUGGAUGAGCUGAUCGGUAUCCAUAGCCAGUUCUUUCAGAGGAUCCUGGAGCGGAAGAAGGAAUCUCUAGUGGAUAAAAGUGAAAAGAACUUUCUCAUCAAGAGGAUGGGAGAUGUGCUUGUAAAUCAGUUUUCAGGGGAGAAUGCAGAACGCCUAAAGAAGACGUACGGCAAGUUUUGUGGGCAGCAUAACCAGUCUGUGAACUACUUUAAAGACAUUUAUACCAAGGACAAGCGGUUCCAGGCCUUUGUGAAGAAGAAGAUGAGCAGCGCCGUCGUGAGGAGGCUGGGAAUCCCAGAAUGCAUAUUGCUGGUGACCCAGCGGAUCACCAAAUACCCAGUUUUAUUCCAAAGAAUAUUGCAGUGUACCAAAGACAAUGACGUGGAGCAGGAAGAUCUGGCUCAAUCCCUGAGCCUGGUGAAGGAUGUGAUUGGAGCUGUGGACAGCAAAGUGGCAAGUUAUGAAAAGAAAGUGCGUCUCAAUGAGAUUUAUACAAAGACAGACAGCAAGUCGAUCAUGAGGAUGAAGAGCGGCCAGAUGUUUGCCAAGGAGGAUUUGAAGCGGAAGAAGCUCGUGCGGGACGGGGCUGUGUUUCUGAAGAACGCAGCAGGAAGGUUGAAAGAGGUUCAGGCAGUUCUGCUGACUGACAUUUUAGUGUUCCUUCAAGAAAAAGACCAGAAAUACGUCUUCGCAUCACUGGACCAGAAAUCAACAGUGAUCUCGUUAAAGAAGCUGAUUGUCAGGGAAGUAGCACAUGAGGAGAAAGGUUUAUUCUUAAUCAGUAUGGGGAUGAAGGACCCAGAGAUGGUGGAAGUGCAUGCCAGCUCCAAGGAGGAGCGAAACAGCUGGAUUCAGAUCGUUCAGGACACAAUCAAUACCCUGAACAGAGAUGAAGAUGAAGGAAUUCCUAGCGAGAAUGAGGAAGAAAAGAGGAUGCUGGACACCAAAGCCCGAGAACUGAAAGAGCAACUUCAACAGAAGGACCAGCAGAUCCUCCUCUUACUGGAAGAGAAGGAGAUGAUUUUCCGAGACAUGACUGAAUGCAGCACCCCCUUGCCGGAGGAUUGCUCCCCGACUCACAGCUCUAGAAUCCUCUUCCGCUCCAACACAGAAGAGGCUCUCAAAGGAGGACCUUUAAUGAAAAGUGCAAUAAAUGAGGUGGAGAUCCUUCAAGGUUUGGUGAGUGGAAGCCUGGGAGGCACGCUUGGGCAGGCUGUCAGUAGCCCUGUUGAGCAAGAAGGCAUGGUUGGUCCUGUUUCCUUGCCCCGGAGAGCAGAGACCUUUGGAGGAUUUGACAGCCACCAGAUGAAUGCUUCAAAAGGAGGUGAGAAGGAAGAGGGGGAGGAUGGCCAAGAUCUGAGGAGAACCGAAUCCGAUAGUGGUCUCAAAAAGGGUGGAAAUGCUAACGUGGUAUUUAUGCUUAAAAGAAACAGUGAGCAGGUUGUCCAGAGUGUCGUUCAUCUCCACGAACUCCUCAGCACGCUGCAGGGCGUGGUGCUGCAGCAGGACAGCUACAUCGAGGACCAGAAGCUGCUGCUGGCGGAGCGCGCGCUCGCGCGGAGCUUGUCGCGCCCCAGCUCCCUGGUGGAGCAGGAGAAGCAGCGCAGCCUGGAGAAGCAGCGCCAGGACCUGGCCAACCUGCAGAGGCAGCAGGCGCAGCACCAGGAGGAGAAGCGGCGGCGCGAGCGCGAGUGGGAGGCCCGCGAGAGGGCGCUGCAGGAGCGCGAGGCCCGGCUGGCGCAGCGCGAGCAGGACGUGCGGCGCGGCCAGCAGGAGCUGGAGCGCGAGCGCGACGAGCUGCAGCACCGCAAGGGCGCCUACCAGUGCGACCUGGAGAGGCUGCGCGCCGCGCAGAAGCAGCUGGAGCGGGAGCAGGAGCAGCUGAGGCGCGACGCCGAGCACCUCAGCCAGAGGCAGGCGGAACACGACGCCCGUCAGGUGUCACAUCAGCACACCAAGCUGCUGAGGAUCCCAUCCUUCCUUCCGAAUCCUGAGGAGUCCCCCUUGCCAUCUGCACCUUCGAUCGCCAAAUCAGGAUCCCUGGACUCAGAACUCUCGGUGUCCCCAAAAAGGAACAGCCUCUCUCGGACACACAAAGAUAAGGGGCCUUUUCACAUACUGAGUUCCACCAGCCAGACAAACAAAGUGCCCGAGGGUCAGAGCCAGACCCCCGUGCCCGCCUCCGCCUCCACCCGCCUGUUUGGGUUGGCUAAGCCAAAGGAUAAGAAGGAGAAAAAGAAGAACAAAAAAGGCAGCCGCUCUCAGCCUGGUGAUGGCCCCGCGUCAGAAGUGCCUGCGGAGGGUGAAGAGAUCUUCUGCUGA